AUGGCCGUCUCGCAGCGAAUUGGCCGCCUCGGCCACACAUUCCGGGGCAGAGUGCUCCUCCCCCGGCCCUCUGCCGUGUCACCCGGCCGGCCCUGGGUUUGUUCGGCCUGCUUAAGCAGCAGCUCUCUUCGCCAGGAAAGCACCGUAUCCAGGCCGCGAACUACCAGACCGACCCCUGGCGGAGGGGUACACUUCAUUCGCCUACCCGGCCUGUUCCCAACUCAUGAAAGCUUCGCAAACCGCCAUAUCGGCCCCGACGAUGAGAGCACCAAGCAAAUGCUUGAGUCUCUUUCUCCUCCGGUCGAGUCCCUUGACAAGUUCGUCGAGCAAGUUAUCCCGCCAGAUAUCCUCUCGUCUCGUGAGCUUUUCCCUCGGCUUCGCAAGAGCUUCAGGUUACCUACCAGAAUCGCCACCAAGGAAGCUGUCCAGGAAUGGGAAGUGCAGUCGCUAGCCCGAAACUUUGCUCAAAAAAAUGCUGCCAACGUAAAGUAUCUCAUUGGCGGUGGCUACUACGACACACACACCCCCGAGGUAAUCAAGCGCAAUGUGCUGGAAAAUCCUGCCUGGUAUACUAGCUACACGCCGUACCAGCCCGAGAUCAGCCAGGGCCGACUCGAGUCUUUGCUCAACUUCCAGACCAUGGUCUCGGACCUCACGGCGCUACCCAUCUCUAACGCUAGCCUCCUGGAUGAGGGCACUGCCGCCGCCGAAGCCAUGACCGUGUCGCUGAACACGCUUUCGUCGUCCAGGGCUAAGCGGCCGGGCAGGACCUACCUUGUUGAUAAGAAUGUCCACCCGCAGACGAUCAAUGUCCUGCGCAGCCGUGCCGAAGGGUUCGGCAUCCAUGUUCGGGCCGUCGAUCUUUCCGAAUUCGACUUCUCUAUGCUAGAGUCCAUAGGCGAUGACCUGGUUGGUGUUUUGGUCCAGUACCCCGACACUUAUGGUUACGCCCGGGACUUUAGAGCCCUCGCCGAUGCGGUGCAUAAACAAGGCGCCUUGCUUAGCGUGGCUACCGACUUGCUGGCUCUCACACUCCUCACACCACCUGGUGAGUGGGGAGCAGACAUCGCCUUUGGCAACGCCCAGAGAUUUGGCGUUCCUCUGGGAUUUGGAGGCCCACAUGCCGCCUUCUUCGCCGUCAAGGACAAACAUAAAAGGAAGAUGCCUGGCCGUCUCAUUGGCGUGUCAAAAGACCGACUCGGCGGCCGGGCCCUUAGACUUGCCCUGCAAACAAGAGAGCAGCACAUCAGGAGGGAGAAGGCAACGAGCAACGUCUGUACCGCUCAAGCGCUGCUCGCCAACAUGAGCUCCCUCUAUGCCGUGUAUCAUGGCCCCAAAGGUCUCAAGUCGAUCGCCGAACGGUGCAGCUUGGGAGCACGAGUUGUCCAAGCUGCAGCCAGGCACUUCGGGUUCGACUCUGGUUCUCAAACAGUCGCUUUCGACACUGUUACAAUCUCUUUGCCCGGGAACGCCGAAUCACUCUGGCAGGCCGGUAUCCAAAGCUAUUUGAGGCUCAGGUUAGACGGGCCCGAUAAGGUUGUGAUUAGCAUCGAUGAGACUGUGAAUGAGGGCGAUCUCAUACGGCUGAUCAGGCUGUUCGCAAACGCUGCCAACGUGACCUGCGAACCCGAAGAGUAUGUCGCGCUGCUUAUGCAGUUCCUGCGAGAGCAGAAGGCAGCUUCUACGAAGCGCGGCCAGCUGUGGUACAUUCCUGAGGCAUUGCGGAGACAGUCUAACUACCUGACGCAUCCCGUCUUCAACACUCAUCACUCAGAGACCGAGCUGCUCCGCUAUAUCCAUCACUUACAGUCCAAGGACCUGUCCCUGGUGCACUCCAUGAUCCCGCUGGGGUCGUGCACCAUGAAGCUCAACGGCAGCACCGAGAUGAGCCUCAUCACGCAGCCCGGCUUCUCAAAAAUCCACCCCCACGCGCUCCCGGGAGAUAUACAGGGUUACCAGGAGCUCGCAAGCGCUCUGGAGGAUCAGCUGAAGGAGAUUACCGCCAUGGAUGGUGUCUCCCUGCAGCCAAACUCAGGAGCCCAGGGCGAGUUCGCCGGCUUGCGCGCCAUCCGCAAGUUCCACGAGAGCAAUGGCGAGUCCCACCGUGACAUUUGCCUGAUCCCCGUCUCGGCCCACGGAACAAACCCGGCUUCUGCUGCCAUGGCGGGCAUGCGUGUCGUAACUGUCAAGUGCGAUUCCAGGACGGGCAAUCUGGAUCUGGCGGACCUGGAGGCCAAGUGCGAAGAGUACUCGAGCCAAAUUGCCGCUAUGAUGAUUACGUACCCCAGCACGUUCGGCGUAUUCGAACCCCAUAUCAAGAAGGUGUGUGAGAUUGUGCAUACACACGGUGGCCAGGUGUAUAUGGACGGAGCGAAUAUGAACGCUCAGAUCGGCCUUUGCUCGCCUGGCGAGAUUGGUGCCGAUGUCUGCCAUUUGAACUUGCACAAGACGUUCUGCAUUCCGCACGGCGGCGGUGGACCGGGAGUCGGGCCUAUCUGCGUCAAGCAGCACUUGGUGCCGCACCUUCCGACCAAGGAUGUGGUCAACCCGGAGGACCCGAACCAUCCAGUCAGCAGUGCGCCAUACGGCAGUGCCAGCAUUCUGCCGAUUAGCUGGGCGUAUAACGCGUUGAUGGGUGGCGAGGGUCUCAAAAAGGCAACCAAAAUUACUCUUCUGAACGCGAACUACCUCCUCAGCCAGCUCAAGCCGCAUUAUCAGAUCCUGUAUACGAACGAGCACGGCCGUUGCGCGCACGAGUUCAUCCUCGACGUUCGGCCCUUCCACGACACGGCAGGCAUCGAGGCGAUCGACAUCGCGAAGCGAUUGCAGGACUAUGGCUUCCACGCGCCGACCAUGAGUUGGCCCGUGGCUAACACGCUCAUGAUUGAGCCGACCGAGUCUGAGUCCAAAGAGGAGCUCGAUCGCUUCGUCGAGGCGUUGGUCAGCAUCCGGCAGGAGAUCCGUGAGAUUGAGGAGGGCAAGGCUCCACGGCAGGGCAAUGUGCUGAAGAUGGCACCACACCCAAUGGCCGACAUAAUUGCUGGCGACGGAGAGGGCGGGGCUAAAUGGGACAGGCCCUACAGCCGCGAGAAAGCGGCGUAUCCGUUGCCAUGGCUGAAGGAGAAGAAGUUCUGGCCCAGCGUUGCCAGGGUGGACGAUACAUAUGGUGAUUUGAACCUCUUUUGCACCUGUCCUCCGGUUGAGGACACCACGGGCGGACACAUGUCGUCGAUUCAGGAGGUCUGA